AUGGGUUCCGUAAUGGGUCCCGGACAUUCCUAUGUCCCUCAGAAUGCUGGAUAUUCGCCCGACUCCUUCGCACGACGAGGACCCUCGAAUCGAGAAUCCAUUGCGAGAUCAGAUCGCUCGAGCUAUAACGCAAUGGGUCCAGCAUAUUCCCCCAAAACUCAACGGCCGAACCCCCUACCCCUGGCGAUGAUGGGGAACUACGCCCAGAUCGAUGCGCGGCCGACGAUGUACCAGCGAAGACCUUCGAGUAUCGCCAGCACAGCAAGCUCCGCUGUGACAAAUGAAAGUUUCGAUGGUAUCUUGGGGUCCCCCACAAGCAGUAGAACGAGCCACGAGUCCUGGCAGUCAGCCCCGCGAAGUUGGCAACGUCCGGCGCCGAUCAAGCAGUACAGACGAAGAAGACCACAGGGAGAACUCCUCGCUGUCUUACCAGAUGAAGUACUGGGGCUUAUCCUAGACAAUCUGAGAGGGUUACACUUGGCUCCCGGCGGUGCCAGCUGUGCAACCUGCAUGAUGAGAGAUCUCUGCUCAGUUGCAGUGUCCGCGCGGAAAUUGUUGAAGGUUGCUCAAAGUGCACUCUAUGAGGACAUCCAGCUUGUUGGUUCAGACCUACAUACGCAGAAGAAACGUCUGAAGCUGAAUUUCGGAUCCCGCUUGGUGCUACUUCGCCGCACGCUACGGUCCAAUCCCGAACUCGCGAUCAUGGUUCACAGCCUCAAGGCCCCAGCUAUACCACAAGGGCUUCCGAUGGACUUGUACUCGAACCUUGUCGCAUCCGUGCUCAUGGCGUGCCCCAAUUUCGAACGACUUGUUGGCUUUCACCUCAACUACGACUUCUCCUUCAACCGUCUAUUUCACGCGCUGUCGACCCGAGAACAACUACGGGAGAUCCAUUGGACACUAGAGGCGUCCCCGUUACAAAGGAAGCGGCGCAUGUCGAACGCUGCUCCGAUGCUCAAUUCGGGGAACGCGAGGUAUCAAGAAGCCCCCGGGGAUCUCCAGGAACAGCAGAGUAGAGACUUUUUCGAACUUCAUUCCAACUGGUCGAAUUUGACAACGCUCUCUAUCCACUGCCUACCAGGCGCGACUCUCACCCCAGUCUCGCUUCUCCCCGACAUCUUAUCCGAUACGCCGUCCCUUCAGACCCUUCACUUAUCGCAUUUGCCAUUCACGGCCUUCAAUGACGCGAAUUUACUUUCGCUACCUUCGCUUCACACCUUAACUAUGUCUCACCUUCCAGGUGUGUCUAGCGCCGGACUCUCGUCCUUUGCGAGGCGACCAUCCAGUCGAACGCUUCGAGAACUCACAUUACACCACAUUGACGUGGACUCCUUGCCCACCAUCGGCCAGAUCCUCUCUAAUCUUACUUCCCUGGAGACGUUGGCUAUCGUGCAGACUCAAAUGCCCCAAUUUCCCGAAGACGAGAUGAUCUGGUUAUUCCCGUACUUGGCAUCAUCGACAUUGAAUAAGCUACACUGGGACAUCACGAGUCACCCUUCGUGCACAAACAUGGCGGAUUCGAUCCUAGCGAAGAGCAUAGCCGCCAGCGGGUUCCCGUCCCUGCGCACCCUGCGCGCGCCCCACGACCCGGACGGUGUCUUCCAGUCCCUCUGCAAGCCCCUCGAGAAGGUCGAGAUGGCCUCCGACAAGUACCGCGGCCUCAUCAAGGAAUGCAACACAGCCCGGCCCCGCAGCCCGCCCAAGACGCCGACCACACCCUCAACCCCAAAGACGCUCAGCAAGUCCCCGGGCAUGAUCUCGACCACCAGCCUCGCCUUCCCCAUGGAAGACCAGCUCUUCCCCUCCAAGGUGUCCAGCAACCUCUCGCAGUCGCGGCGCGCGGCGCAGGCACGGCUCGAGGCGGCGCGCCAGACGCCGCGCUUCACCGUCAACGUCGUCAACGAGGACGGCUCGCUCGCCGAGACGUGGGGCAUGGCGGGCUACAUGGGCGACGCGGCGUCGGCGGUCGACUACUGCGUGCGGCCCGACGCGGGCGCGGUCGACGAGAACGGCGGGCUCGUCGAGAUCGCCGACGUGCUGGGCGACGGCGGCGAGAACCUGCGCGACGGUGGGCGCGAGGGCUGUACGGGCCGCUGGAACACGUGGGCCGGCAUCGUGGUCGAUAAGCGGGAUAAGGAGCGGUGGUGGCAUACGGAACGGGGGCGGUGGAGGGGUGUCGAGCUUGCGUGA